AUGCUAGGGCUGUGGCGGUGCGAAGUGGCUCACCGACCGGCCUGCGUGGCGGGGACCGGACCGAGCCCGCCCAGUCCUGAGCGCAGCGCCUGCGGCUGCCGGCUACACCUGUCCCGCCGCAAGUCCGCCCCGCGCGGGGGACCGGGGGUGCUGCCGGGCACGAAGCUCAACGGGUUCUCUGCUGCAAGCGGCGGCUCGCGCCUGGAAGACCAGCGGCAGGAAGUGCGGGCAGCGGCCGGCCAGGUCCCCGGGGAGGCCGGGGCGCGGCGUGCACGUUCCUCCGCGCAGCUGGCGAGCCGCACCGCCCCCGCGGCACCUCCAUGCGCUCUUGGCCUGCUCGCUAGUCGCCGUCCUCUAGAGGAUUCAGCAGGACCGUUCCUCUUCCUCGGCCGCGAGCACGUGCGCGGGGGUGCGCGCGGAGGUCACGGUCACUGCGGGGCUCAGGGAAGGAGGCGCCGUGCCUGCAGGACUUCCCUUCGCUUGGGCGCAAGCCGGCGAUUAGCCUGGUCCCCUAGGACAUCUCCAGGGCUCCGGGGAACCUCUCCUGCGCAGGCUUGGCCCUGCCUCCUCCAAGCGUCCGAGUCUUUUUCGGCUUUUGGUGAGCCUCAGAGAGGGACGUUUCCUGCCAACGCUGCUGCGAAGGAAAGUUUGGGCGGCGUUAUCCCGACUGCCUUCCUCGCCAGCGCCGGCGAGCAGCUUGGGGACACAGCCGACGCCCGGGCAUCCUCCCCGACGACUCCCCGGAGCGCUCCCUGUUCAGACUCCUUUCCGAGAAGCACGCAGAAGUGACAGCCCCGGAGCUUCGUUCCGGUGUAGGUGUGGGGAUGCCCCGCAAGGCAGGAAGGGAAGGCGCUCCAAUUGAAGGGGGCACCCCGGGGCCCGCGCCGACUCCUCCCGGCGCAGCCUUGGCUCGCCGGAGUCGCGGGUCGGAGGCUGGCGCCGCUGCCCGCCGACCAGCACCCUGGCGCCAGGCGCCCGGCUCCACGCCGCACCCUUGGCGGCGCUGUGCGAGGGGCUCUAGCGCCCGCCGCGGCGCAGUCUCGUGAACCCCGCUUCAAUUUUUUCCUACGGAGGCGCAGAGGAGGGUGAAUUCGCGCUCUCCUUCCCGACGCCCCGGCUUCUGGGAGCGUCAGAGCAACGGAAGUACGUACAGGAGGACCGAGAGCAGCAGGGAAGUUUGGCGGUGGGCUGGGGUCGGCGGCGAAGAUUCCCUGCCGUGCGCUGCCCCCUCGUGGCCGCUUUGCGUUCCCGUCGGGAAGGGCUGGGUUCCAGUCCAGGGCCCAGCACAAACCAGGAUUGGCUGGACGCUGCACAGCGAGUUCAGUCAGGGCUAACAUCAGAAGAGUCGUGGAGGGCCUGCCUAUCGGCCAGCCUGUCCUUGUGGUUUGUGAAGUUGUAUGAUCUUUCUGUUAUUAUUAAGGAAAAAAGUAGUAUUUGUUGAGGCUAAAAGGCCAAGACUGUGCUAUAUAUUAUUUAAUCCUCUAAACAGCUCUGCGAGAUAAUUAUUUUAUUUAUUUAUAUUUACUUCCAUAGCUUUAGACAGGAUCUCGUUCUGUCAGGCAGGCUAGAGCGCAGGGUGCUAUCACGGCUCACUGCAGCCUCAAACUCUUGGGCUCAAGCCAUCCUUUCACCUCAGCCUCCUGAAUAGUGGAAACUACAGGCGUGCCACCGCGCCUGGCUAAAUUUUUAAUUUAAAUUUUUUGUAGCGACGGGGUCUCCUUAUGUUGCCCAGGCUAGUCUCAAACUCCUGGGCUCAAGAGAUGCUCCAACCUCAUCUUCACAAAGUGCUGGGAGUACAGGCGCCAGCCACGGUGCCCAACCUGUGAUAAUUAUUUUAAACUCAUUUUACAAAUGAGGAAAGUGAUAUUCAUACUUGUAAAGCCAUUGGGGCUGAAUUUUCAUUUUUGUAUCCACAGAACUAACACAUAAAGUUUACAUGCCAUUAGAAUGUAAGCUCUCUGUAAGCUACAGAUCUUUUCCACUGUAAUAUCCUUAGUGCCUAGGGCAGUGCCUAGCAUAUAGUAGGUGUUCAAUAAAUAUUUGUAGAAUGAAUGAAAGGAUACGUCUCUCUUUCUCUCUCUCUCUCUCCCUCUCUCUCUCUCUCUCUCUCUCUCUCAUCACCUACUGGUGAUUUGAAGGCAGAUCUUAGUAUCUCAAUUACACAUAUCCUGGGCUUAUAUCAGGAUGCUAGUCCCUGGAAACUUUGCUUCUGAUAGCAGCAGGUGGCUUUCUUAACCUGGAUGUCUCUCAGCAAUGUGGAUUUCCAUCUGUAUGAUUUACAUCAGCGCCAACAACAGGGUGAGAUGGAAAGCAUCGCAGAGCUGCCUGGCUUCCCUUGAGGGCCGAAGGAAGGGCACACACCUCGCAGUGCAUGGAAACAUUCACAUGUGCCACCUUUCACUCUUACCCUUGCUCAGGAACAAGGGGAAUUGUUUAGAGAACCCAGGAUGCUUGAUCCAAGAGCAGAUGGUAGACAAGGGGGAGCAUAAAGAGGGGGCCCAUCAGGCACUGGAAGGGCUCACAGAGAGCAAGGACUGCCUGUGAUGACAUGCCCUGGUGCUUUUGGUUGCAAGCAACAGAAACCAACUCUAGGUAAAUUUUAAAGGGAGCAGAAUAUACACUAAUAAUACGAGGCAUCUCAUAGGAUCCCAGGCUAAGAGCUGAGCCAGAUUAGCACAGAUAGAGCCCGCAGUGUGUGUUGCUGUCCCUGUCUCUAGUUGAUGACUCAACCCUUCACUUUCUUGCACCAGCUGCCUCUGCUUCCCAACCCACAUGACAGAAAAUGCGGUCAAAUCUUCAUGAGCCUUUCUUCCAACAACAUCAGCCACUCCUGGAAGUUCUAAAACUCUAUCACUAGUAUGGACCAGCGGUCACUCUUUGGACCCGUGUGCCUUGGCCACAGGAGCAGGAUCAUCUGAAACCUGGCAGCACUCUCUGUAGUCACACAGGAGAAGUGAGAAUUUCCAGAAGAAUUGCUGUGCUGGGCAGUCAGAACCACAGAUGCCCGUGCCAGAAGCUCACCGCCACAUCUCUGCCCUCAGUACAUCUUUAUCUUGCACGACCCAAGACAGACAAGAGCAAGAGAGAGCCACUUAAGCCCACCUUUCCCAGCUUUCUUCUGCCUCCACUUUACCCCUUUUGCCCCUGCCAUAACCAGCACCCACAGGACACACAGACUAUGCACCCAGAUGUCCACAGUGACUGGGCAGGGCAUGAAAUUAAUGAAGCAGGGUGAACCCCAGGCAAUAGGGCCUGGUGGGGACUGCAGUGAGCUUUGUCUGCACCCUUCAGAGGAAGUAGCUGCUGCCCAGCUCCAGCCCUGGGGGAAUGACGACCAAAUGUUGUUAGAUCUUCAUACCUUUCAAGAGAAGUUGGAAGUGCUGCUUUUUACAUGACAUCUCCUGAUGUUCAACAGUUGGCAACCGAUUUAGUUCUCAAAAACCCCCAUAUUAGCCAAACAAAAUAAAUGUGUGGUCAAAUUGGC